AUGUUGGUCAGCGGUUUCCUGAACUGCUUCCUCAGCUACAGCCCUCAGGCGCCGACGACACUGUCAAAUGGCCCCACUAUCCUCGAGUGCCAGGUAGACUUUAUAGUUGAUGUCAUCGCGAGAAUGGAAAGGGACGGGCUCGAAACAAUCGAGCCUACACCGGAGGCAGAAGAAGAAUGGCGGCGGAAAAUCGUUGAGUCCGGCGAAAACACAUUGUUCGCCGAGACUGAUUCUUGGUGGACUAAGUCAAAUAUCCCAGGUAAGAAGAAGGAGCUUUUAACGUAUAUCGGGGGCAUUCCCCAGUAUGAGGCCGAAUGCAGGGCUACCCUAGACAGUUGGGAGGGCUUCGAAGUCAAGAAGCAUGCGGGCUAG